AUGUCUUUUGCUUUGGAUAAGGACUUCGAAGAUGUGGAACCAGUUGAUUACACCCAAUGGGAGGGGCAACCAUGUUCAAUCAUGUAUUCCGAAGAAUAUGUCUCUACUAUGGGGAUUUUAAUGCGUCUUAUGGCAGGCGAAGAAUAUAGUGAAAGAGCACUUUGGUUAACAGAACAAGGUAUUGGUCUUUUGGCAUCUCAUUAUUCUAUCUGGUUAUACCGAUAUGAUAUUUUGCGCAGCAUGUAUUCUGAGGAUGAGAAAAGAUUAGAAGAAGAACUUGAUUGGUUGGAAGAGAUUGCACUUGCCAAUCAAAAGAACUAUCAAAUAUGGAAUUACAGACAACUAAUAAUAGGAUUAUUCAAACAAUAUAACUACCAACGUGAGUUCCCUAUUUUGGCUGCAAUGUUAGACUCAGAUCUGAAGAAUCAUCAUGUGUGGACAUACCGUAAGUGGUUUGUGGAACAGUUUGAUUUAUUUGACAAUGAACGUGAAGUCCAAUUCAUCCAACAACUUAUUGAGACUGAUGUUCGUAACAAUUCUGCCUGGUCGCACUUGUUUUAUUUGAUGUUUGAGAAAGGAGAUUCUCAUGUUAAAAAUCAAAUUGAGUAUGUUAAAGAAAAAAUAGCUCUAUCACCACAAAAUGUAUCAGCCUGGAAUUACUUAAUUGGUAUCUAUGAUAAGUUUAAGCUUGAUAUUACUGAAUUGAAGGACUUUUGUCUACUGUAUGUGGAUCCUGAAGUAACUUCAUCGAUGGCAGUUGAAUUGUUGGCCCAAAUUUAUACUUCAUCAAAGGAAACCGAAAAGGCUAUUUCGUUAUAUAACGAAUUGGGUGAUACUUAUGAUCCCAUUCGGAAAAACUAUUGGGAUUACAAGAUCUCCCUCAUAAAGGCAUAG